AUGGCUUCCCUGUAUGUUGGAGACCUGCACCCUGAUGAGACAGAGGCUAUGCUGUAUGAGAAAUUCAGUUCUGCUGGGCCAAUUUUGUCAAUCAGAGUUUGCAGGGAUAUGAUUACUAGGCGAUCUCUUGGUUAUGCCUAUGUGAACUUUCAACAACCAGCUGAGGCUGAACGUGCUUUGGAUACAAUGAACUUUGACGUCAUAAAAGGCAAGCCAGUGCGUAUAAUGUGGUCUCAGCGUGAUCCAUCUCUCCAUAAAAGUGGAGUAGGCAACAUUUUCAUCAAUAAUCUGGACAAAUCAAUUGAUAACAAAGCACUGUAUGAUACAUUUUUGCAUUUGGGAAUAUCCUAUCAUGCAAGGUGGUGUGUGAUGAAAAUGGUUCAAAGGGCUAUGGAUUUGUUCCCUUUGAAACCCAGGAGGACGCAGAGAGGGCCAUUGAUAAAAUGAAUGGCAUGCUUUUGAAUGACCGCAAAGUAUUUGUUGGGAGAUUCAAAUCCUGCAAAGAACGAGAAGCAGAGCUCGGUGCAAGAACAAAGGAGUUCAGAUAUGUCUACGUAAAGAAUUUUGGUGAAGACAUGGAUGACGACAGACUUAAAGAAAUGUUUCGCAAAUAUGGACCAGCCCUCAGUGUUAAAGUUAUGACAGACGAAAGUGAAAAGUCCAAAGGCUUUGGUUUUGUUUCUUUUGAAAGACAUGAGGAUGCCCAGAAGGCUGUAGAUGAAAUGAACGGAAAAGAUAUGAAUGGCAAAGCAAUUGUUGGCCGUUCCCAGAAAGAGGUGGAAAGGCAAACAGAGUUGAAGAGAAAAUUUUAA